GCCGUCUUGUCAAUGGAAGCGCGUCCGUGACGUCAGUGAGAGACCCGCGAGCGGCCAGCGUGCUCAUGAAUGAGACGCGGAGCGACAACGUGCAAUUUGCGCACUACUAACUCCUCAAACAAACCUCGUCACUCACCACCCUGACUGGAAGACAACAGAGGAAAGAUUCCACGCCACACAUGUUGCAGUUCUACUUUCAGGCAGGCGGACCUGACUGAGGACUAAGCCCCGCCUAUGAAGCGCCCGAGCUUGUCCGACUGCGCCAUGCCAGAAGACGGCACUCGACCCGCCAUGAAAACUCCAGCGAGCACGGAGAAAACCGGCAUGGGGGAGGGGCCGGCCGCAGCCAGCACAGCGGUAAGCAUCCCCCUGGUCAACGAGGUCCAGCUGGCGGCGGCGACGGGCGGCGCCGAGCUGUCGUGCUACCGGUGCACGGUGCCGUUUGGCCUGGUGGUUCUGAUCGCCGGCGUGGUGGUGACGGCGGUGGCGUACAGCUUCAACUCGCACGGCUCCACCAUCUCCUACUUGGGGCUGGUGCUGCUGGCGGCCGGACUGGCGCUGCUGGCGUCCAGCGUCGUCUGUUGGCGGCUGCAGUUGCAGCGGAAGAAGGAGCAGCGGCGAGAAAGUCAGACCGUGCUGGUAACCACUCAGAGGAGACUUUUCACGUGAGCGCCACCCAGCGGGAGGAAGGGGAUCUGGAAGAAGCAGAGGCGGGGGACUUGGCUCAUCUGACUUGACUUAAAUCAGACUUCAGUCGCUCGUUUUGGGACUUGCUUGGCAAAAAACGAUGCGAGACUCCAGUAGAUCUGCUCACACCUGACGUUUGUGCUCACAAGGCCGAAAUCGGUCAAAUGACAGCUCGCAUCUUGAAAAAGUUUCAAGUUGGCGCACUCUUUGAGGCGCCACUCAAAAUGUGGCUCAAGAUCCUGGUUUUAAAAAAACUAAAACGUUUGUACGUGCAGCGUGCUGGCCAGAGAACAAAACUCAAGCGAACGUGCGGGCAACAGCGAGGACCCGCUUGUCCAAGUCCAGGACGACUUGUUGACUCGGUAUGAACUUUCGAGCUCUCCUAACUUGGAAUUAAAUUCUGAUUUGUGUCUCUGAGUCAUCUUUUCUUUGUAUGCUCAUUUGAAUAAAGUAGAAUACAUGCA